AUGGGCAACCAAAGCUCCAAGCCCGAUGGAGGAUCGCCUAAAUCUGGUUCCACUGACGGACCUCUACAGUCUUAUCCCUCCAUCAGCAGAAGCGACACUAAAGACUCGUCCCGAUCUUUCCGUUCACUGAGGUCCAAGAUCCCGGGAAGCUCCAAAACCGACAGCCCGAGAAACUCCACGCUGCUCAGCAACGGAGACUCCGACAAAAGUCUCGAUGCUGCCUCUGUUCGAUCGGGCAAAAGCGGCCGCUCAAGCGCUUCGCGAGGCAGCCGUGGUGAAAACACUCUCAAGCACAGCUCUACCGACAUGUCAAUUGCCGACUCUAUGCUAUCCAACGAACAACCGCCGCCCUCGCCCAUCCAGUCCAGCGCCUCCAGAGCUGCCGGCAGUGCUCACGACGUGAGCGCCGCUCAGGCUUGUGGCGAAGUCGAUCAUGUUUCCGAUCAGCCUCCUUCGGCGGCCGCGGCCAGCGCCAAUACACACUUACAGUGUCCUGGGCAAUCGAUUCUGGUUCGUCGCGAUACUAGCAACAGUCAAGUGGUACACAAGGCGCCUUCGACCGAGUCUGCCAAGGUUGAUAACUCCAAUGUCGCCAUGGCCGACAUCAAGGAAAUGGAUUUGGAUGACUAUAUCAAGCGCCUUCUGGAUGCUGGUUAUGCCGGCAAAGUCACGAAGAGUGUGUGCUUGAAAAAUGCCGAGAUUGUCGCCAUCUGCCAACGCGCUCGCGAGGUACUCCUCUCCCAACCUGCCCUACUCGAGCUCGAUGCGCCUGUCAAGGUUGUGGGCGACGUCCACGGGCAAUACACUGAUCUUAUUCGAAUGUUUGAAAUGUGUGGCUUCCCCCCCAUGGCCAACUAUCUCUUCCUCGGCGACUAUGUCGAUCGUGGGAAGCAAUCAUUGGAGACGAUUUUGUUGCUACUGUGCUACAAGCUCAAAUUCCCGGAAAACUUUUUUCUGCUCCGGGGUAACCACGAGUGCGCCAAUGUCACACGAGUGUACGGCUUCUACGACGAGUGCAAACGAAGGUGUAACGUCAAGAUCUGGAAAACGUUUAUUGAUUGCUUCAAUACCCUGCCGAUCGCUGCCAUUGUUGCUGGCAAGAUCUUUUGCGUUCAUGGUGGUCUCUCGCCAGCCCUCAGCCACAUGGACGAUAUUCGAAACAUUGCUCGCCCUACUGACGUUCCCGACUACGGUCUACUCAAUGAUUUACUAUGGUCUGAUCCGGCAGACAUGGAACAAGAUUGGGAAGCGAAUGAGAGAGGGGUGAGCUAUUGUUUCGGCAAGAGAGUCAUUACAGACUUCCUUGCUGUCCACGAUUUUGACCUUAUUUGCCGUGCACAUAUGGUCGUAGAGGAUGGUUACGAAUUCUUUAAUGAUCGAGUUCUAGUUACUGUGUUCAGUGCGCCGAACUACUGCGGCGAAUUUGACAAUUGGGGGGCUGUCAUGUCAGUCAAUGCAGAGCUUUUGUGCAGCUUUGAAUUACUUAAACCCCUUGACUCAAGUGCUCUCAAGAGUCAUAUCAAGAAGGGUCGCAACAAGAGACAGCACAUGCUUAACAGUCCUCCCGCAAGUGUCUACCCCCAGAGUGUAUAG